ACAAAGAGGAAAGCCCAUACAAAUAGGUUACAUAAUCAAUCUUGAAACCUGUUUCCGACUUUAAUCAAGGUUACUUGAACGCACCACUGUUUCUUCGAUCGCCUCAUGUCAGCGCUGUGUGUUGACCUUUGAAGAUAUUACCUCCAGAUCCGGUGAAGACGAAGAAGUCUUUUCGGCCAAUCACGCUUCGAGACGUCAUCCGGCCGCGUCUGCACUCUGACGGCGCUGACGUCGGGAAGGCAGCAGUAAUCACAAAGUGGUCCAACUCGAAGAAAUAUAUUAUCUGCCGCGUUUCCAAAUAACCGCGGCAUGGCUUCCCGAGCAGGACCGCGGGCUGCGGGCACGGACGGCAGUGACUUCCAGCACAGGGAGCGUGUUGCAUCACACUACCAGAUGAGCGUCGCCCUCAAGUCUGAAAUCCGCAAACUCAACAUCGUGCACCUGUUGCUGUGGGUGCUGAUGGCAGCUCAGGUGACCGUAAGCCAGCUGGGUCUGGUGUCCCACAAGACGAUCGCCUCACCUUACCAGUGGGAGUACCCGUACCUCCUCAGCAUCAUCCCGACAAUCUUCUGCUUCCUGGCUCUGCCUCGUAACAACAUCAGCUACUUGGUCAUCUCCAUGAUCAGCGCCGGGCUUUUCUCAGUGGCGCCGCUCAUCUACGGGAGCAUGGAGAUGUUCCCUUACGCUCAGCAGCUCUAUCGGCUCGGGAAAGCCUACCGCUUCAUCUUCGGCUUCUCGGCGGUGUCGGUCAUGUAUCUGGUGAUCGUCAUCGCCGUGCAAGUGCACGGCUGGCAGAUCUACUACAGCAAGAAGCUGCUGGACCAGUGGUUCACCAGCACGCAGGAGAAGAAGAAGAAAUAAGUUGAGCAACGUGCGGAAGUUGACUGCUGAUGCGGCAAGAACUGCGAGGCAAAACUGUGUCAAACAUCUUUUUUCCUGCCUUUACAUACUUUGAUAACGCCUUCAUUUCCUUCAGUACGUGACUGCUGCCAUCACUGUGUACUAACAUGCAUCAUCACUCACUAUACUCCAUUGUAAAGAACGUGUGGUGUUCCUCAUACUUUGUGCUCAAGUGUUGCAGUGGUUCAAUAAAAGAAAUUAAUUGCAAAAUGUUCAACUUAAAACCUUUAGUUUUCACACAUGAAAUAAUACUAAAGGUAAGAUCUGAUGUUUACUUUCAUGUAUGCAGUGUAGACAAGGUAUCGGUGUUUAGGGGUGCUCAAAAAAUAG